AUGUUCCAGUUGUGUCAUCAGGUCGCCAUUUUGUGUUGUGUAGUACUGAUUAUAAUUUGUAGUGGUGUGGUAGAAUCCGCAGAGUACGAAAAUUGUUUUCAAUGGGAAGAUAAUUAUUUCCUCUGGACCAUCAACAACAGUUCUAUAAAGGGGAGAGCUGUGUUUAAGAAUGCCGCAAAGGGAUGGGCAUCUAUAGGCUUCCGAACAGGUUACGAAUACAUGACACUGGUGGAUGAUAAUGGUGGGACUGAUUAUCCCAAAAUGGGGAAAUCCACACUCCUAGUGGGUUUCCGUGAUGCCUACCUUAAUCACUACUAUCAAGAAUAUACGAGCAACAGCGACGCAACUCCUCAACUUUGUACACAAAAACAACCUUUAAUCGGUUUUACCCGAUCCUCUAACACCUCUUCAACCAACAACGAUGAUAUUCAUAUCGUAUUUGAAAGACCUUUGAUCCUAUCAACCACUGUGGAAGGGUAUUAUCAAUUUAUAAAUGGGGAUAACUCAAGCAUCUUGUUUGCUAAAAACACUGAAAAGCCAGUGUCUUCGUCAAAAUAUUUGGAUGAUAUGUGCAGACAUAAUCAUGCAGAAGUAAUGCCUUUAAACUUUUUCGCUCCAAGCUCCUGUCCUGACGCUCAUCUUAUUCCUCCUCUUCCGGAUUACAUUGAGCCUUUACCAUCGAAUUAUUAUUCUAAACUAUCGAAAGAAAAGGCGACAGCCAAUCCUUCUUACAUGGUAAAUUUGUUGAAUGCAUUUGUUUUGUAUUUGAUGGGCAGUGUGGUGUUAGUGUUCUUGACAAGAGUGUGA